AUGUACACCAACGAGCCCAAUCCAACUGGCUAUCCGUACUCGUCGGGCUCACUCCUCGACGACGACGCGCUGCUGGCCCUGCUCCAGCAAUCGACAAAGCCCGCUCGCAUCUUGGACUCUACCACAUCCACCCAUUUCUUCGACUCGCUCCCCUCUGCGCUCGAUUCUACGCCCACCAGUGCUCCACUCGUCUCUCCACUCGACGACGCAGACACGGCAGACUCUUCGCCCUCGCCGCCAAUCACCGUCCAGCCCGCAUCGCUCCAAAACCCAUCAAUUAACACUUUGAACUCAUCCAUGGCCUCGCGUGCGACAAGGAGCGGCAAUCGCGAUGGAUUUACCGCAGAACCCGCCCAGAAACGCAAAGUCCUCGACGAUCUCGACGAAGAAUCCGACGACGACGAGCCCCAGCGCAAGGAUGAAUCAAGAUUGCAGAAGCGCAAAGAACAGAACAGAGCGGCUCAACGCGCUUUCCGUGAACGCAAAGAACGGCAUGUAAAGGAUCUCGAGGACAAGGUUGCGAUGCUCGAGGAAAAGACGGAUUCGCAGGCGGCGGAGAAUGAGAAUCUGCGCGAGCUCUUGACCCGCCUGCAGCAAGAGAAUCUGCAGCUCAAACAAAAUCAAUUCAGUUUUACCUUUCACCAGCCUUUUGGCAGUACAAGCGCCAAUGCAUCGACAUCGACUGCGCAGCAGGGAUAUCGACCAACAACCCAUGCAUCGAGCGAUUCCAGUCUCGCGGCGCCCAAGGUAUCGCCACCAUCCACCUCGACGUCACCCGCAAGCGACAUGGGCGGAUUAACGAGAAUGCUCAGCAAUGGCAGUAAUGGCAAUCUUGCCAGUGCGCGGCCAAAGCCGGCGACCCCACAAUUGACAAACAAUGUCUCCCCUCCGUCAGAGCUCAACUUGCUCGAUCCUUUUACACUAGGUGGAGGAGCCACACCCGAUCUCAACUUUUCGACAAUGACAAACACGACGGGGGGUGCAGGUCCGUUGGCGGGGUUGACGCCACCAGCGACUUCAUCCUUUUCCCUCAUGGAUGCCUCGUUUUUCGAAAGCACCACAGGGACUUCGUCCACAAUGGACUUUGGGUCGCUGGGUGACGCACCUCUGUUCCAAUUUAUGCCGUAUCAAACCAUUGCGGCGAAUCCACAAUACACCUCUUACCGCGAUCCAGCAGCGAAUCCAAACGCAUGGUCUUUCGGUCCCAAUUCGUCGCAAGGCGCUUCGCUCAGCACAUAUGACGAGCUCUUUGGCGGCGCGGGACCGUCGUCAGGUACCACGACUUUUCCACCCGCAAACAAUGCCAGCUCAUUAGAGGAUUCGAAUAUGCAGGGUAGUCUCGACGACCUCAACUUUUCCUUUAUCCCCGACCUUUCGAAUACUGGUAGCCAAUUUGGUGGAAUCUCACCAAUAUCCCAUCUCCCCACACCACCAUCUGCCACCUCGACACUCCAACAAGGUCCGGGAAGUAGCACGAGCACCAGCGGUCAAAACGUGACGACUCCAGCCUCGGGACCACAAGACCACUCGAUGGCGGGUCCCGUCAUGCAUGAUGGCAAGUCGUGUCCAAAGACCAAGGAGGACAUUGAAGAUGCCAUUCAGAAAUCUGGGUUGAGCAUGUUUGGACCGCAAGAAACGCCGGUGCAGUCGAUACCGAUGGCGGACCCAGCGUCGACAGUGUGCACGACAAUGGCAAAGGCGGAUUCGACAAAGUUGAAUUUGGACAUUGGAACUGCGUGGAGAGCAGUUCGCCAACAUCCACAGUUUGAGGAAUGCGACAUUGACGAAUUAUGUGCCGAGUUGGCGCGAAAGGCGACAUGUGAUGGGACGAACAAGGUGAUUGAGGCGCAGCAAAUCAUGGACAUUGUGCAUUCGAUCCCGGAGCGGGCCAAGCAACGCAAGCUCAGUUUGAUCAGCAAGCCCGUUGCUUGA